AUGGCCUCGCCUACUCACGACCCGGCUGACAUUCUUUGCUGGAUGAGGGAUGUAUCCGGAAAUUUGGAGGACACAAGCUCACUCGAAGAAGAGGUUCCAAUUCCCCCUGAAGUUAAGCAAAUUCAAGAGACCAGUUCUGGUACCGCCUACAUUGCUGACCGGUCUGCUUCUGGAAGUGGAUCACGGGCAAGCGAAUCUGGAGAGACGCCAGCUCUGACGACAAACUCAACAUGUACCAAACGCUCCUCACGAUCUGAAGAGGGAACUGACACUGAAAGUGUUAAGAGACCUGUCGCCCAAGAAAGCUGGAAACUGUCACAUCGUCUUACUGGCCAGAUAUUCGCGACGUCUAUGCCAGAUCACUUCAUGACCCGAGCAUCAAAUGUUGCGUUCCCUGUUCCAUCUGUCAUGAGGAUUGCGCAGACGAAACCAAUGGAGCAGACCAUUUGCAACGAUUGUCAGGCCGAGACUGAUUUCGGAAGUCGAAUCCUCCAAGGUGAGCAUAUUGCCGAGCCAUUUCCCCGCGGCGGCGCUCCCCGACAUAUGAUAGAUUGGUACCGUCAAGUAAGGGAUGAGUUUGAAACCAAAGCAAAGUUGAGCUUGGGUGACGGAAUGAGACCGAUCGACGUCUCUGGCAUGAUUCACAAAGAGAUUUUCGCCGAGAUGAAAUCAUGGCUGUAUUUUCUGAAGGAGGAUGUGGCUCACAGAGUACAGGCAAGUAUCGCUAAGAUUGAGACAGAGCUGGAUGAAACUCACUGGUGGAAUCGCGCUGGAGUGGACGCGGAAGAAGAGUUCGACAUCAACCCAGGCUAUGGCAAUCGCUCAGAUGGUGGCGAGGACCGCGGCGAGGACGGCAUGAGUUACGAGGGCUUUGAUGGCCGCUGGCAUGGCGAUGAGACUCAGGCUGGGGACAGGGAUUACGAUGCCGCUAACUAUACUUGGUGA